CGCGCAGGGGACUGAUUGUGAUUUCGGGUAGAGGACGAGACGAGAGGGUUGCGGCGAUGGAGGUGGUGGUGGACGAGAACGAGCUGAAAUCCGUCGGUGCUCAGCCUCUGACCGACGGUCGACACGGCCUCCGCAUCCACGGUUGGGAGAUCGAAACUCGCAAGCGCUCCAUUCUCAACUCCUCCACCCUCCAACAGUGGGAACAAAAGCUCGGGACAUCUCAUUUGCCAGAGAUGAUAUUUGGGGAGAGUGCCCUUAUUCUUAAACACUUGAAUAGUGGGACGUCAAUCAAUUUCAAUGCUUUUGAUGCUCUUGCUGGUUGGAAGCAGGAGGGUUUGCCACCUGUUGAAGUUCCUGCCGCAGCAAAAUGGAAAUUCAGAAGCAAACCAUUCCAGCAGGUGAUACUGGAUUAUGAUUAUACAUUUACAACACCUUAUUGUGGAAGCGAACCAAUUAAGAUAAAUGCUGAGGAUGAAAUAGAAGCCAUCUCUAAGGCGACUGGCAGCCUUCAAUGGGAUGAUUGCGAGGAACAUAUUGAUAUGGCUGCCUUGGCAGUGAAAGAGCCUAUUCUCUUCUACGACGAGAUAAUUUUAUAUGAAGAUGAACUUGCUGAUAAUGGAAUUUCACUCUUAACAGUGAAAGUGAGAGUCAUGCCAAGCUGUUGGUUUCUUCUCUUGCGAUUCUGGCUUAGAGUUGAUGGAGUGCUAAUGAGAUUGAGGGACACCCGCAUGUAUUGCGGCUUCGAGGACAAAAAAUGCCCUUCUAUUCUACGAGAAAGCUGUUGGAGAGAGGCGACGUUCAAAGCCUUAGCUGCUAUAUGUUGAAGUCUGCCAAAGUGGCCACUGCAUUAAGACCAAUUGCAUGUUAAAUUUUUCCAAGGAUAUGGCAUGCAGUUAGUCCAUUUUGUGACCUUGGCACAGACUAUCCUUGAGGGUCGGCAUAUCAUCUACUUCACUGAGAGCUAUAUUUUAAGAUCACUUGUUCUGUUGCUGAUAUUCAGAUAAUUGAUAUUUGGAUUUUGCAGAAAGGAUACCCAUUCGGUGCUUCUUCAUACAGUGACCCGAGCAUCAUCAGCCAAAGGCUGCCUAUCGUCAUG